GUGCCUCGAAUGCUUCGUCUGCCAGCAUCACGACACCACCUCCUCGAGUCCGCAUCUUGCUAUAGGUGAUGAGCCGCUUUCUCCUCAAUCGGAUGCCCGGGCGAAGGGAUUGCAUUAUACGGUGAAAGAGAGGCGGUAUGGCUACGAAUGCUUGAUCUGUGGACUUCUGGGUGACAUUCGCUGGAUCAGAUCCAGCCCAUGCAAGCCGAAGGAUGCCCCGGACCCCGAAGCUUCCCUUGAUAAAACAGCAAUGGAGGCUAAAGCUCGGCAAGAACAGUAUGACCUCGAAAUGGCACGAGAGCUCUAUCGACUUCAAGUGGAGGAGAAGGAGCUGGAACAGAUGUUGGUUUUGCAACAGCUGGAAAACGAGGAACAGCUUUUGCAGGGCUUGCUGAACGAGAAACGAGCACUUGAAAUUGCUGAACUCGCAGCAGCAAAGGCCCUGAAGCCCAAACCUGCAAGCAAGCCGACUGAUGUGCCGAAAGAUGGUGACUUUGGCUACGACAACAUGGAGACCCAGGUGAUUCCGAGUGGCUCCAUGGAGGAGCUGCCACAUUCGAUUUCCGGUGCCUGUCAGCAAGCCGAGGAAUCAGUUGCCCCAGAGGGCGAAGUUGAUUCUGCUGUGGAGCUUAAGACUUCGGAUGGAGAUGCAGCACCAAUGGGUCCUGGUGUUGAUGUUGCUACAGAGCCUAAGACUUCGAAUGGAGAUGCAGCACCAGAGGGUGAUGUUGAUUCUGCUGCUACAGAGCAUAAGACUUCGGAUGGAGAUGCAGCACCAAAGGGUGAUGUUGAUUCUGCUACAGGGCCUAAGACUUCGAAUGGAGAUGCAGCACCUGUGCUGCCAGCAUGUCCUGUUCCGACACAGACCUCUCUGUCGCCGAAGCAGCAGGUCAAGCUCACGAAUGCCGCCCCAAGCAAGCGAGUGUCUAAGAAGCAGCCGCAGCCACACAAUAGCGACGACGAUGCCGGCGACGAAGCUGACGACAACGACGGCGACGACGAAGAAGAAGGUGACUCAGAGGCUGACUCUUCUGGUGGCUCAAAGACCAGAGCCAGGGCUGCUAAGGCUGGUCGUGGCAGGGGGAAAGCGGGCCGUGGUCGUGGUCGUUCGACCACGAAUCGUGGUCGUGGUGCCUCGACUAAGGGUCGUGGCCGUGGUGGUCGUGGUGGUUCGACAAAGGGCCGUGGUCGUGGGAACGGUUCUUGCAAAGAUACCGAGGUUGUCGAGGCCAGAGCUUCGUCGACGAAACGAGCCAAGAGCGAUCCUGAUGCCGAGCCCCGCAGCCGCAAAAAAAGCAAGGACUCCAAGAACACCGAGCCCGCUGAGGAGAGCACCGCAGGGAAGCCGAAAUCCAAAGCGAAAGCCAAGGCAGCCCCAAAGAAGGCGGCUGCACCGGAACCCUCCAAGCCGAAAAGAGCCCAGACCCCGAAUGGCGACGACGACGAUGAAGAGCGACGGAAGAAGUCCAGGAAGUCAUGUGCAUACCACAAAGCGAAGGCAGAUGCAAUCAAGGCAGGCCUCCCCGCAGACGUGGCCAAGCAAGCCGCACAACAUGCUUACAAGGAGACGGACUAG